UAGUAUAUAAAACACCACAAGAACCAAACAUUACAACCUGUUUCUGAAUUCUGUCGGUACAAAGUUUCUUGUCUUAGAUAUUUUCCCUCGUUUUGCUAGAAAACAUAGUUCAAAAUGAUGAAGAAGAAGCUGAACGCUAACAGUGAAAGUCGUGGUACAAGAGAAACCAUGUCGUCUCACAAAAGAGAACAAGAAGAAUACCAAUGGGAAAUGAGACCAGGAGGAAUGUUGGUACAAAAACGGACUGGGAAACUCGAUGCUCUGGUAGCUAAUUUGCGCCUUCGAAUCGCUUAUGGUGCACUCCGUUACGAUAUAUGCGUCAGUUCCAUGGCCACAUUUGGGGUGGUGAAGAAGAUUAUGAGCGAUGAAACUGGAUUGAAGGUGGAAGAACAAAGAGUGAUAUACAAAGGAAAAGAACGUGAAAAUGGAGAGUUUUUGGAUGUAUGUGGAGUCAAAGACAAGUCAAAGUUGGUGUUGAUUCAAGAUGCUUCAAGUAUUGAGAGAAGGUUCAUCCAGAUGCGUAUCAAUGCUAAGAUCCAAACUGCAAAUCGUGCCAUAAAUAAUGUGUCUCUCCAACUUGAUCAGCUAGCAGAACAAGUAUCUGCAAUUGAAAAAUCAAUUUCUGAUGGAGUUAAAGUACCAGAAGUUCAGAUCAUAACACUUAUUGAGAUGCUUAUGAAACAAGCCAUCAGAUUAGAAAGCAUUUCCGCAGAAGGGGAUGCUUCUGCACAGAAAAUUUUGCAGGGAAAGAGAGUACAGAAAUGUGUUGAAACACUGGAUAUACUAAAGACAUCUAAUGCUACAAUGAAGCAUGUUGUUGUUACAACUAAGUGGGAGACCUUUUGAUCAUUCUCCAUCCUCGACAAGUGGGAAUUAUUUGAUUGAAUUUCCUCAUUCUUCUCCAUCCAUCCAUCCAUCCCUUCCUUCUUUGUAUUCUUUUCAUUACUCCAAUAUUUCUUGUGUAUAGUACUUAAAACCUUUUUAUUUCUGAUCUCUGUCAAUGUUUGUUGUGGUGCCACUAAUUUUUUCUGGUGGUAAAAACGAUACUUGUAUUGUAAGUCUUCAUUUGAAAUUAAAAUAGAAGUAAUAAAUGCUGGUAUAUUUCAGCAAAAGAAAUGUUCUUAUA